GACGCCAUUUUCUAUUUGUGACGCAAAGCAAAAGAAAAAUAAAGGCAAAGAAGCGGCAAUAUAUAUGUUAAAAACCAACGAUUGUUAUUCAUAAAAACGGAAAAGGCAUACUUUAACGAACUAUUAAAGAUGUCACAACGAUUUGCGCCUGGCCAGGCGCCGGUGCAAUCGCGCUACCAGCCACCACAGCCUGCGCCCGGCAUGCGUUCGUAUCCGCCGCCAGGCGGCACAUUUGCGCCCCGUGGCUUUCCAUUGCAUCCGAACACAACGCAGCCCGUGCCUGGAACAGCAGGAGCCGGGACCCCUGUUGGCGUUCCAGUGGGACCUGGUGGUCCAGGUGUCCCGGGACCCUCGCUUUUGCAACGUGCUUCACAGCAGCCAACUUUCGCCAGCGGAUUGCGUGGUAAUGCGGGCGGUGGCGGCGGCAGUGGAUCUGGAGGAGGCGGCGGUGGCGGAUCUGGCGGGGGUAGCAAACGUUCGGCUGAAUCGCGAAAUCUUAAUAGUGGACCUGGUGGCAAAGGUGGAGAAUUUGUAUCGGCGGCUAAGAAGAAAAAGAAACUGGCCGACAAAAUAUUGCCACAGAAGGUGAGGGAUUUAGUGCCUGAAUCACAAGCCUAUAUGGAUCUGCUAACGUUCGAGAGGAAGCUAGAUGCCACCAUUAUGCGCAAACGAUUGGACAUUCAAGAGGCACUCAAACGACCCAUGAAGCAGAAGCGUAAGCUGCGCAUUUUUAUCUCGAAUACAUUCUAUCCCAGUAAGGAACCGACUAAUGACGGUGAUGAGGGGGCUGUAGCAUCCUGGGAGCUGCGCGUUGAGGGUCGCCUCCUGGAGGACGGUAAAGGUGAUCCCAAUACGAAGAUUAAACGCAAAUUCUCGUCGUUUUUCAAAUCGUUGGUCAUCGAGCUGGAUAAGGAACUCUAUGGGCCGGACAAUCAUCUUGUAGAGUGGCAUCGCACACACACCACUCAGGAAACAGAUGGAUUUCAGGUGAAGCGGCCGGGCGAUAGGAAUGUCCGUUGCACCAUUCUUCUUCUUCUGGACUAUCAGCCCUUGCAGUUUAAGCUUGAUCCACGACUGGCCCGUCUUCUCGGCGUUCACACUCAGACCAGGCCCGUGAUUAUCUCCGCUUUGUGGCAGUACAUCAAGACCCAUAAGCUGCAGGACGCCCACGAGCGGGAGUACAUUAACUGUGACAAGUAUCUAGAGCAAAUAUUUAGCUGCCAGCGUAUGAAAUUUGCCGAAAUUCCCCAACGCUUGAAUCCCCUGCUCCAUCCCCCAGAUCCGAUUGUCAUCAAUCAUUUCAUCGAGAGCGGUGCGGAGAAUAAGCAAACUGCCUGCUAUGACAUCGAUGUCGAGGUGGACGACACGCUCAAGAAUCAAAUGAACAAUUUCCUCAUGAGCACGGCCAGUCAACAGGAGAUCCAGGGACUAGACACCAAAAUCCAUGAGACAGUCGAUACUAUUAAUCAGAUGAAAACCAAUCGUGAAUUCUUUCUCAGUUUUGCUAAAGAUCCGCAAAUGUUUAUCCAUCGCUGGAUCAUAAGUCAGACAAGGGACUUAAAGCUCAUGACCGAUGUUGUUGGUAAUCCGGAGGAGGAGCGUCGUGCUGAAUUCUAUUAUCAACCCUGGACGCAUGAAGCUGUCUCCCGCUAUUUCUUCACCAAGGUCAAUCAAAAGCGUGCCGAGCUGGAGCAGGCUCUGGGCAUACGCAAUGGUUAAUGAGAGAAGAAAGAAAGGGAGGAAAAUUCAUGCGUCAACAACCGUAGAGUAUACGGCACGGCAACUCACGUUUUUCCUUUUUCUUUUUUUUUUGUCAGUUUAGGUUUAAGCUUAAAUCUUAUGUAUACUUAAUUUCUACUCGCUACAAAAAUCCAGAACAGAAACCACGUACAUUUUAUACAACAAAAUAAUUGGACAAAUUGCAAACCCCUUUUCUCCCAUACAACAAAAUCACAUACACACACACACACACGCAUAUAUACAUACAGUCCGUACA